AGAAGGAAAAUUUUAUUCUCGAGCCCGCCCGCGACGGGCGAUCAGCAGUUGAGGGACAUCCCUUGCACGGCGAAGUCAUCUCCGGGUUGCGCCAAAAACGCUCCUUUCGCCGUCGCCCUCCCGCCCCUCGUCCUUUUCCCCUCUGGUCCUCAUCUCCUUUGUCCGAUCCCAUGAUUCUUUCCCUCCCUUUUGAUCCCCUCGGACUCCUCCUCCUCCUGCUGUCCCGAUUUUUCUAAAUUUUCUUGAACAUGUGUUGAUGUCGACGAUUCUUCCCUACGUCGUCGCGUAGCCCAUCAUGGUCCUCGCCGGCCGCACGCUUCGUGCUGUUUUGACCCCACCCUCGUGGACCGUACCCGGCGCCCGUGCGGUUAUAUAGGCGGUCGCUGCGACGGCGAAGUCAGGGUCCGGGGAGAGAGAGAGAGAUGGAUUCCGCAGAUUCCCACCGCGACGAGGAGGCUCCGUUGGUCGCCGCCGAGGCCCCGCCGGCUCCGUCGCCUACGAGGGGCCAUGCCCGUGAUGUCCAUGUCCUGAGCUGCGGGUUCCUGCUCAUCUUCUCGGCCUACGGCGCUGCUCAGAAUCUCGAGAGCACCGUGAACACUGCGGAUAAUUUGGGCACGAUCUCGCUUGGGAUAUUGUACGUGUCCUUCACAUUCUUCUCCUUGGUGGCUUCUCUGGUGGUUCGUUCAUUGGGUCCCAAAAAUGCUAUUCUUCUUGGGACUACUGGGUACUGGCUGUUCAUAGCAGCGAAUUUGAAACCAUCCUGGUACACAAUGGUUCCAGCUUCUUUAUAUCUUGGGUUUGCUGCGUCAAUAAUAUGGGUUGGGCAGGGGACAUAUCUCACCUCGACUGCACGUACUCAUGCAAAAGAUUGCAGCUUACAUGAAGGAACAAUUAUUGGUGCCUUUAAUGGAGAAUUUUGGGGAAUGUUUGCCAGUCAUCAGGUUGUUGGGAAUCUAGUAUCGCUUGCUGUUUUGAGAGAGGAAACGGACGGGAGUGCAAGCGGAACGACAUUACUGUUCAUUGUGUUUCUUUGCAGUAUGACCUUCGGCACCAUACUUAUGUGUUUCUUGAGAAAAAGAGACAGUAGAGAAGAAAGAGCUUCCCCAGAAUUCCCUGCUAGUUUCCGUUCUUCUCUGGUGUCUCUAUCAAAGUCUGUGAUUACUCCUUUGUUUGACGUACGAAUGCUUCUGGUAAUCCCACUGAUUGCAUAUUCAGGGCUGCAGCAAGCAUUUGUUUGGGCUGAAUUCACGAAGGACAUUGUCAAACCGGCUCUUGGGGAGUCUGGUGUAGCUGGUUCCAUGGUCGUCUAUGGGGCGUUUGAUGCUAUAUGCUCCCUGGCUGCUGGUCGUCUCACCUCUGGUCUUACAUCAAUUACUUGGAUAGUUUCCGGUGGCGCUCUUCUUCACGCAUCUGCGUUCAUCUGGAUGUUGGUGAAAAGCAGCUUUAGCGGAGUGUUUCAGAUUAUAUGCCCUCUUGUACUGGCUGGAAUUUUGGGAAUUGGUGACGGUGUUCUUAAUACACAACUGAAUGCUCUUCUUGGAUUGCUCUUCAAGAGCGAUACGGAAGGAGCAUUUGCGCAGCUUAAAGUCUGGCAGAGUGCAUCGAUUGCAGUGAUCUUCUUCUUGAGCCCAUACAUCUCGUUGGAGGCUAUGUUAUGGACAAUGCUCGCCGGAGUCUGUCUCUCAUAUUCUGUGUUUUUGUACCUCUCUCUUAAUGUAGAAAAAGCAUUCUCCCAUUUAGGUUCUUGAAAGCUUUGAACCCUCAUGUAUCACGCUUCCAAUAUUCGCAUCAUAUGGAAAAAUUGUAUUCUCUGGGCUCUUGGACCUGUUUGCAUGCAAAGUUCGCGAAAGUGAACUGAGAGUGUAAUUAUCAUGUCCGUGAAUGAGAAUUUACCUUUUGAAUUUCCUCA